GACAAACGCAGUGAAAUGUCGGUCCUCCACAAAUGGGCCACGAUGGAGAUGAACUUUGUGCCCCAGGGACGGCACGUCAAUGCUCCCAUGCCAACACCACAGGAACUGAGAGGGAUUUGCCGCGGCGGUCUGCUUGAUAUCUGGGAGUUUGUGAAUGCAAGGGUUCACUCGGCCCAAACGGCAAGGAAGGUCAAGGGAAACCUACCGGUAGCACUCCUAGCCCGGCACAGAUCAGGGAGUGGGUAUAAAGUGAAGUAUGGGGGAGACACCAAGUACUCCCAGGAGAGGGCGGAGUUAUUGGAGAGACAGAGGGGGUUGAGGUCCCAGCUGGAGGGAACCAAGGCGGACGUCAAGCGCCUGGGCAAAGAUCUGGGGAUAUCGAGACUCGAGUCUGAAAUCUUAUCUGCAGAACAAGAGUACCAGACGUCCUGUUCUGAGAUAUCAUACCUUCAGCACAAGCAGACGUUGCUGGGGGCGCAUUCUGCUGAGUGCAAGGCUAACACGGCCAGAUACGAGGAGUACACAAAACGCAUAGCGGGAAAGCUGAACCGCUACAAAGAAUUGAAAAGUGGGCACGGCCAGUCAUUGUUGUUCAGCAAGCAAGGAUCAUCACAAACCAACGGCACAUCCUCACCAGGGCUGGAGUCUGCAUGCACGAAAAUUGUCCAUGAGUCGAGCUCAGAGGUUGCAUCGUUCCUCAAUCAACUGCUGAAGGGGGACUUUGGGUCUGACUCCAAAGCUUUAGCUAACGGGAUCGGUUGGCUGGAGAAGCAGUUGGCUCACAUGCGCACAUUCAUGGUCACAGAGCAGAGUCGGAACAGUGCCUGGCGGCUGGACAAGAGACUAGCUCAGUUAGUCUCCCAGGUCCACAGACGAUUAGCAGCAUUGCUGGCUGAUAACCCAGGCGCCUCAGAAAUGGCAAGGACCUUGUUUACUACCGAGUUGGAGUUGGUCUCUGCCACAGCCGCUCUUGAGCAGCUCCGGGAUUCCUGCAGGGAGCUCCAGGAGUCUGCCUCCAAGGCGUCCAAGGAGAAGGACUGUCUGUACAGCAAGUACCAGAAGAUACAAGACUUCAAGAAGUUAACUGAAAAGAAGCAGGACCUGAUCCGAGUGCUGGUGCGGCAGAACUCCGAGGCCAAGAAAAAACUGGAGGUUCUUCAGAGAGAGAAUCUGAACUACAUGCAGUCCACCCUGUGCAGUCAUGAGGCGGGCACAGUCGCCAUGGCAACCCAAAUGAGGAACGGGGUAUCUGAGGAGGUGGAGCGUUUCGCCCAGCUGCCGCUGCAUCUGUUACGCCUCACCUCAUUGGACAGCUGCAUAUCAUCGCUUUGCUAA